AAAUGUAGGAAGAGCGAAUCUUGUUUUGAAACUAAACCUGGAGAUAUGUUUGUAUUUAACGGAAACCAGACACACGGAGAGGGAGCGGAGAGGAACCACAACAUCACCUUGGAGGACUCCAAAGGUUGGAUGGGUAGCGGAGAGGAGGAUGGGGUAGGAGAAGAUGAUCUUCAAGGAUCCCCGGGUAAACCUCACCACCAGUUCAAUGACGAAGUAUUUGAUUAGGUUGGAUGGGUAGCGGAGAGGAGGAUGGGGUAGGAGAAGAUGAUCUUCAAGGAUCCCCGGGUAAACCUCACCACCAGUUCAAUGACGAAGUAUUUGAUUAGGUUGGAUGGGUAGCGGAGAGGAGGAUGGGGUAGGAGAAGAUGAUCUUCAAGGAUCCCCGGGUAAACCUCACCACCAGUUCAAUGACGAAGUAUUUGCCACAAAAGAUUCAGAAUACGAUGAUCCUAUCACAAUGGUAAUAUCCCCGGAUUUCCCUUACCAUCUUCUCUCUCCCUCCACCGAAGAUGAGGAUGACAUGGAGGACCUUGAGGUUGAUUCUAUUGAAGAGAAUAAGAGCGAGGACGGGAAGGUGUUCACGGACAGUCUGAAGGAGAUGUGCCUGUGUGUCUGCAAGAUAUGCUCGACCAAGAUGAAGUUUAACUCUCUCCGUGAGCACGUGAGGAUCCAGCACAGCCUGCGUAUGACGCAGUACAAGCACCAGUACGGGAAGAUAACGUACUCCCGUAUGACCUACCACAGGUGCAAGGGGUGUGGGAAGGUGUUGAGGGCGAUCUAUGCAACCAUCAAGAAGCAUCUGCAGACAGUACACGCUCAGUCCUUCAAGGAGUAUGCUAUGCAGUAUGAUGUCUUUAAGGGACGAUUUGACAAAAAGGAGGAAACGAAUAUGGACGAGAAACCAUUCUCUGACGAUCCGACACAGAUGUGUAUGACGAUCUGUAAAGUGUGCAAUACUAACCUGGAACCUUACAACAUGAAGAACCACGUCAAGGGCAAACAUUAUCUCUCAAUGAUAGAAUACAAGACUAACUUCGGAGAAAUUGAGUUUCUUCAGGAGAUUUUUCACAGGUGUAAAGUGUGUCAUAAGAGUGUCCUGUUUGAAUAUCAGAAGCUGAGUAAUCAUCUCUUCUUUAACCACGCAAUUGGUAUCGCCAAGUAUAAGGAUUUCCUGCAGGGGAAGGUGCCCCUCGAGUCUCUGAUCAACACAGAGCAGAACUCUAAUAAAUCCAAAUCUAACAAAACCAAUGAUAGCUCGGAUCCGUCUGGUUCAGUUGACCGGAAGAAAAGGAGAAGGAAACCUGCUCAGGGUGCAAAAUCCCGGGCGUCGGAGUCUCAAGGACAACUCAACCCGUUCAUGCAGCAGAACCCGAUAGGAUUAGCGCUCAUGCAGAUGUGUCAGAACCCGGCUCUUCUCCAGACUAAUCCGUUCCUGUUUCAGCAGACCCUGUCCCUUGCCGCGCUCAAUGCUGAAGCGCUCAAUGCGCUCAUCCUCACCCAGGCCAUGAGCGCGCAGACCUUGCUGUCUCAGCAGAAGUCGAGCACCAUGAAGGCUGGAGAAGGUUCUGGAACAUCUACUUUUUCUAAACCCAGCACAUCACACUAUAAACCCGCGUUACAGAAGCAAUAAGCAUUCAGAAGAGAUUAAAACUGAAUUUAUUUUAUGAGAUUCCAGGAAAUUACAAUAACUUCUUUAAUUACUACAUAUCGUAGAAGUAAACUUUACGAGUUCCAAAAAAAACAGUUCUUUUGAAGGUUAAUCGUGUAGGGGAAUGCAUAAGUCAGGAAUAAGGAAAGGAA